UUUUUAAAAAGAUUCACCACUAGAUGAUUCAGACUUAAUUAUCAUCUUUGCAGCAGAUGAGUUCAAGGCUCCAGUGGAGAACACAUCGACUUCAAAGGCAGAGGGAACUGAAGGCGCUCCCUGGCUUUGGAUACUUCCUCUUCUUGAGAUGUGUACAAAGAUGGCCCAAGUCCAAGUCCUCUGGGGAUGUUUCCUCCUGUGGAAUCUCUACAUCUCAUCUGCUCAGGCCAUUUACCCUGGAAUCAAGGCGAGGGCUACUCAGCGGGCCCUGGACUAUGCUGUUCAAGCUGGAAUGGAGAUGAUUGAACAAAUGGCCAAGGAAAGAAAGCUCCCAGAUUUAAAAGGUUCUGAGUCUCUUGAAUUUCUGAAAAUCGAUUAUGUGAACUACAAUUUUACCAACAUAAAAAUCAAUGCCUUUUCAUUUCCAAAUACUUCACUCGCCUUUGUUCCUGGUGUCGGAAUCAGGGCUCUGACCAACCAUGGAACUACCAACAUCAGCACAGACUGGGAAGUCAAGUCUCCACUUUUCCAAGACACAGGAGCAGCUGACCUGUUUCUCUCUGGGGUCUAUUUCACUGGUAUAGUUGUCCUGUCCCGAAAUGACUUUGGUCACCCGAUCCUGAAGCUCCAAGACUGCUAUGCUCAAGUGAGCCAUGCCGCCGUCUCAUUUUCUGGAGAGCUCAGUGUCCUAUAUAACUCCUUUGCUGAGCCCAUGGAGAAACCCAUUUUAAAGAAAUUAAAUGAAAUGCUCUGUCCCAUUAUCACAGGUGAGGUGGAGGCACUGAAUGCCAAUCUCAGCAUGCUGGAGGUUUUAAGAAAGAUUGACAACUAUACUCUGCUGGAUUAUUCCCUAAUCAGUUCCCCAGAAAUUACUGAGAAUUACUUUGACCUGAAUUUGAAGGGUGUUUUCUACCCGUUGAAAAGUCUCCAAUAUCCCCCCUUCCCAUCAGUUCCUUUUGUGCUCCCGGAACGCAGUGAUUCUAUGCUCUACAUUGGAAUCUCCAAGUAUUUCUUUAAAUCUGCAUCCUAUGCUUAUUUUACAGCUGGGGCUUUCAGCUUCACUCUCACCACAAAAGAGAUUUCCAACCAUUUGCUUCACAACUCUCAAGCCCAUGGCAACAUGCUCUCCCGGAUUGCAGAACUCUACAUCUUGUCCAAGCCCUUCAUGGUACAGGUCAUGGCAACAGAGCCUCCCGUGAUCAGUUUACUACCAGGUAACUUCACCCUGGACAUCCCCGCCUCCAUCAUGAUACUCACCCAGCCCAAGAACUCGACUGCGGAAACCAUCGUUUCCAUGGACUUUGUUGCUAGUACCAAUGUUGCUCUGGCUAUUUUGGGACAAAGACUGAUUUGCUCUUUAUCUCUGAACAGAUUCCGCCUUUCUUUGCCAGAGUCCAAUCGCGGCAAUAUUGAGGUCUUGAGGUUUGAGAAUAUUCUGUCCUCCAUUCUCCACUUUGGAGUCCUCCCACUAGCCAAUGCAAAAUUACAGCAAGGAUUUCCUCUACCCAACCCACACAAAAUCUCACUCGUCAAUUCAGAUAUUGAAGUUCUUGAGGGUUUCCUUUUGAUCUCCACCGACCUGAAGUAUAAAACAUCAAAGCAGCAGCCAGGUUUCCAUGGUUGGGAAGAUCUGCACCUGAUAAGUGGACAGUGGAGCGGGAAGCCAACCCCAUGAUUGCCUGUUUAGAGUCCACUCCAGGAAGCAAAUGGCCCUUAAUCCCACAGCUCCUGUGAACCCAGAGCUGGAAGACAGUACACACUGGAAUUGUAAAGCCCUUGUGGAACGCCAGAAGUUUUCUUUUUCAAGGCCUCAGGAAUAUAGAGGGAGGCAAACUGGGUGAAAGGGUUAAAUCAGGCUGUGUGUGUCCCCACGGGCGUGGAGGGGUAGCUGUUUGAAUGUGCGUUCAUGUUUGGGUGCAUGUUGUGUGCUCCUGUGUCUGUGAGAUUCUGUGGCCAAGAACAAGGUAUGUAUUACUUCUAAGGUCUGUGAGAAGGUCUCAAAUACAGAUUUGCAUCAGUUGUCAUCAGCAGAGAUCCCUUCAGCCUCUUCAGCUCUCUAGGUUUCCCUCCUCCCUGCAUACUGGAUUUUAUGUUUUAUAUUUACUGCUACUGUCCCCUGUAUUUAAUUACAAUUGUUUUCUAUCAACGUAAA